AUUAGGUACGAAUGAUAACAAAAAAAUGACCCCGCGUCUAUAUGACAUAAGCCCUUUUACUACUGAAAAUUCUGUCAUUUCUGUAUAUAUAGGCGAUUCUCGUGGCUUCUUUUAGUACUAAAAAACCAUAAAUACGCAUUCUACAUAUGAUAUAGGACAUUAUUCCAAGAAAAAAAAAUUUUGACAAAAUCCGACAUAGGCCCUUAUUCGACGGAACCAAUCAAUUAGUAAAAAUAAACUAAAAAAAUUUAAAUGCCACAUUGCUGUUUUAUCCGUGUGUCUCAACAGUGUCAAACAGAGCCAUGUCAAACAUUUCAGGGCCCCGGGGCAAAAUUUUUUCUACGAGACCACUGGGCAUAGGUAGUAUAUUAAGUGCAGAUAAGGGUGACCCCUUACUUUUAAGAAACUACGGCGCCCGAGGGUAAUUGCCCCCUUUAACACGGUACUGGUGUUAAAUAUCCAUUUUGGAGUUCUCAAAACUCUUGAGCAUGGGCUAUUGUAAGAAAUGGCAUUAGGAAUUUAGGAAUUCAAUUUUACAAACGUUAUAAAGUUUGCUCAAAACUUUUAUUAUAUUAUAUUAUACAUUUGUGAUUUAAUCUGUUAUCAUUUAGUAUCAACAUAUUUAGUGAUUUCGUGACGUUAUCAAAAUGUUCAAAAAGCGAAAAGUGUAUUUAAAAAUUAUAUUAAAUUAUUAAUUUGUUUACGUGCUCUCCAGCUGAAAAUUAACGGGAUGCCGGUGCUCUUGAGACUGCUUAAUUGUUUUUUAAAAUAAUAGUCAAAAUGGUAUCUCGCGUUACUUUACUCGAUGCCCAUGUUCUUGAUGAACACAUCACUAAAAUAUUUAUCAACCAAACCUUGAAGGUUUUUAAAUUUUUACCAUCAUGGAUUUUAAAUAAUUUUGAAUCUGAAAUAAAUGCAAUCUUACAAAUUGUUUUGACUUAUUAUUCAGUAGCAAAAAUGAAAGCUACAUUUGGUCAACAACUGCUUGGUAUUAGGUUUAAACCAGAUCAACUAACUGACACAAAAAUAGCUCUGUUUCAAUUUUUUAUGGUUGUAGCCAACUACGUUCAAUCAAAAUCAGAAAGACCAUCAAAAAAUUUUAUAAACAAUAUUAAUGAUUUACAAUUGAUUGUAAAUAUUUUGAAAACGGCUUCCUUCAUGAAUUUCCUGUUAUUUCUGCAUAAUGGAAAAUAUCCAACAUUGCUUCAAAGAUUUUUAAGUUUAUCUCAAGAAUCAACACGCAAAAGAAAUAUUGAGUAUACCUUUAUGACAAGAGAACUGCUUUGGCAUGGAUUUUCUGAGCUUUUGAUGUUCUCUUUACCCCUGAUAAAUUAUCAAUCGGUUAAACAUAAAAUUAACAGACUAAUAAAUUCAAAAUCCAAACAUGAAGACAAAAAAUGGGUUGAUAAAAUUCCAUUAAUGAGUGCCAGAAUUGUUUGCUCAAUUUGUCACGAUAAACCUGUGUUACCUCAUCAUAUUAAAUGUUCUCAUGUUUUUUGCUUCUACUGUAUAAGUUCAAUGAGAAUGGUGGACGAACAAUUUGAAUGUCCCGAGUGUGAUCAUUUUGAAAAAAAAAUAAUACCUGUGAUACUCAAUUAAAUUGAUGAAAAAUGGAUGCUGUUUUGGGCUAAAUACUUCUUGUUAUUGUUAUUAUUUUAUUAUUUAAGAUUUUAUAAAAUGGAUUUGUGCUAAUAUAAAUAUAUAUAUAUAUA